GUCAUAAUAACAACUACCUGCAAACUAGUCUGUCCACUGUAGUGGUUUUCAUGCACGGAAACAUUUCUUGUCCGAACUCCACAACCAUGAAUUAUCCUAAACACUCAUUCAUCUUCUUCCCCCCUAACAUGUAAUUGCACAACAGCUGAAGGGAUCUUGCCUCAUCUUGUUGUGAGAUACCUUCCACUCUUGAAUUCUUGCCUGGAGGCCGCCUGGUUGUCUGUAUACCACGACUGCAUGUUUCUGCACGCCAAAUCCAAUCAUCCAACUCUAUAGCUCUUGCAAAAUCACAACCAGCCAGAAAAAAAGUAAAGUGUAGCCAUUAAUCCAUGAACAUUGUUGAAAUGAUCUCUUUAUUGAAUACUCUAAUCCCUAGGAUAGUGGGUUACGUGAUCAACUCAUCCUGUGCUUUGACACAUUAAUCCAGCUUUGUUGUUAUUGUCAGAAAAGAGUUGUGAAAAUAAACAGAAAUCCAGCUUGGUUUCUGAAUUGGGGAUAACCUGAAAAGCCAAAUGCAAACACCUAAAUCUUUACGUAAAGUCACAAAAUCACAGCACAACUGCGAGGCCCUGUUACUGUGACACAAUACCAGACACAACACACAGCACACAAACUGUAGAAAAACAAUCUAAUAAAAAAGAGGUGUCAUACACGUCAAACUGUGUGCACAAACUUAUGGAAAAACCCUUCAAGAUCUUCACCGAGCAUCUAAUUCUAUGAGUGGACAGCACCAUCUAGAGGUGAAUUCAGGCAAUUUCCUGUUUUGAAGACAGAUCCAACAUGGCUGCUCCCUUGUAGACGAUUUUCUGUGUUACUGCUUGUAGCUGCAAACCAUGAGGAAGUUCAGCCACCAUGGAUGCAAAGGAAAUAGUCCACUGUGCUCUGCAGAUAGAGAGAUCCAACGCAGACAGAAGCUAUGGGAACAUCUUGACCCUCCUCGGUGACCUUGAUAAGUCGCACAUCACAGCAGAGCAGCUGGAAACGACGGACAUUGUUAAAGUUCUCUACAGGCUCCUGAAAACCUGCCCCGAUGGCAGCGUGAAGAAGACAGCAAAGGGCUUGUUGUCCAAGUGGAAGAGACAGUACAGCAAAGAUAGACGAGAUGUGAAAUGCACAGAGGAGAGCGAGUGUCCUGAGCUCUCUUGCAGGGUUAAAGAGGCUGCGGGUGGAGGAGACUCCAAACAGGCUGGCUCAGCACAGACGUGUGACAGCAGGGUGGAGAGUGCAGAAGAAGAAGCAUCAUCCUCAGGGGCGAAAGAUGGCCUCCAGACUCUGUCUUUAAGCGUAGGGAGCUCAUCUGCAUCCUGUAGUUUAUCAUCUGUAAGAUCUAAAUGCGUCCAGCUCCUCCUCGCUGCCCUCUGCCCCGAACUUCCUGACCAACACAAUGCUGCGGAGCUAGCCGGAGACAUCGAGCAGCACAUCCAUGAGCUCCACAAGUCCAGCCAGCUCAGAUACAAAGCCUGUGUGAGGAGCAAGGUAGCCAACCUGAGGAAUCCUAAAAACGAACAUCUUCGUCAGGGCCUCCUCAGCGGUUUGCUGUCGCCUGAGGCCUUCGCUCGGAUGUCUGCAGAGGAGAUGGCGAGCACAGAGCUCCGGCAGCUGAGGGAGGAGUACUCGUCCCGCGGUGUGAGCGAAAGGCAGCUUCCUCAAGGGCUAGAGGGGACGCCGACACAGAAGAUCCGCUGCAAAAAGUGUGGGGGGUCAGACUGUAGGGUGACGCAGGUGUCCAGGGGGGCCCUUUUCCUGCCCGCGUGGGUGAGGCGGGGCGGCCCUGACGAGGACGCGAUGACUUUUGUGACCUGCAGCGGGUGUGGACAGCAGUGGUACCACAGUGGCUGGGUCUGCCUCUAAAUCCAGAUUAAUGGUUUCAUAUUGCUUCCAUACACAUCUGAGCUUUCUACUCCUUACAUUUUCAGUUAGCUUUGCACAGAAACAGCCGGUACACAUGGCCUUCAGAGAAACCAACAGUCUACUUUUAUACUUUAUACUUUGAGUAAAUUCAUGUACUUUUUCACUUUUACUUGAGUAAAUAUGUUCAAUCAGUAUUUCUACUUUUAGUCUUUUAUUUAACACAAGUAUCUGCACUUCUACUUGAAUAAAAAAGGUCUGUACUUUUGCAA